GUAGCUUGCGUAGCAUGGCGGUUUUGUCGAACGCACUGCUGUCCGCCUUUAAUUAUUUUGCGCGCGCAAGCGAGUAACCGCCACACUACCCAGGCUACCGAAGAAGCUAAGUGGCCUGAAUUUCAUUCGAUUGCUUACUGAGGGAAUAGUAAUCGGAUGAAGUUACUCAGGUGGAACGUGUCCCCAGACUGUUUAUGAUCCGUAUCUUCGCAGUGUAGUUUUGUACUUCCUGUUUCAAUUCUGGGUGAACGGGCGAAAGUUCCCAAUUUCUGUCAGAAAAAUGUCCAACUCGUUUCCUAUCCCAGACCUAAUUGCAAAAAAGCGCGAUGGCGAUGAACUGUCCGAGAGCGAAAUACACCACUUCAUUAAAUGUGCGACGUCCAAUUCUGCCUCUGAAAGCCAGAUUGGGGCUAUGCUAAUGGCUAUCUACCUCAAGGGAAUGAAUCGCGAUGAAACUGUACAUCUUACCAAGGCCAUGAUGUCGACAGGAAGCAUUUUAUCGUGGCCUGAAGAAUGGCAGGGAAGCGUGGCGGAUAAGCAUUCGACAGGCGGCGUUGGGGACAAAGUCAGUCUCGUGCUUGCACCCGCUUUAGCCGUUUCGGGGAUCAAGGUCCCCAUGAUUUCUGGACGAGGUCUUGGGCACACAGGUACGCGUUUUAUGUACUUCGUUUAUUCAGUGCUAAAUUUCAUCUUCUAUUUUACGUUUCUUGAUGUCGAAUCGCCCCCACUAUUGAGCUUGCCAGUUGCUGAUUUAUUAUUCAGUUGUGAAUCAUGCAUGUACGUUUCUUUUAAUUGAGUUUUAGUUUGUAACAAAAGUCGCUGUAAAACUUUUCAGCUGGCUGUAGUAAUAAAAUAUUACUUGUCUAUUCACAAUAUUCCUCGCAUUUCGGCUAUGUAUUCUAUUUAUUUUAGUCUGUUUUUGGUCUUAUUAUGAGGAACUUGAGGGGAGGAGCGAAGGGCUUAAAAAUAUAAACAUUGCAGUUGCUUAAUUCAUAAUUUGACGACCACCGGAAUAAAAGUGUCCAAGAAGUUCAAGAGACAACAUAAUAUACAUAAUUUCUCAUAAAUAAAAUUUGGGGUUCCUAAAAUGCUGAAGACCAAUAUCACUACUAAACUAAUACCAUUUCUAAUGUCUGAUUAAUGGCAAAAUUAACCCGGACCGGCCGGAUAUUAACCUUUCAAUUGACGCGUGUUUGGGCAAAGACGGUAAGAUAUUAGAACUGCUGUAAAGUGAAAAAAUGAUCAUGCUUAUAAAAUCGCUUAUUUGAAAUGUAACCUAAACUAAAAUUCCAAAAAUUAAUGAAGCAUUUUUAUUGAAUAGAAGCCGAGAAAAUAAAGGCCAAAGUUGGAAUCUAAGAGCAAUAUUUUGGAAAUAUUUAUAAUCACAGAGUUGAAAUCCGAUGCGAUACUUCCGUUGUUGACAGAAAUGUUGCAGUUUUCACAACCAGACACCUGAUAAUGUGUUAUGAGUGUCAAGUAAGCCAGGACAAAUUAUAGCAACAUUCGCUUGUGUUUUAAUUUUGAUGUUGUGGCUUUAACAAAGCCUUCUAGAGACACCUUUGAUACAUGAUCCUUGCAAGGUUGAUGACGGAUAGGGCCACAGUUAAAUGCAAAUUAGCUUGUUGCUAAGGCUGUUGUGAUGGGAUAUACCCAGGGCGGAUGAAAGAAUGGUCUAAUAGGCUCUUUGCAUGACUGUGGUCACAUAAUCAACUUUCAGUAAACAUGAAAACAGUUCGCUUUUGAAAAAUUUUCUUGGCACCAGCUGAAAGAGCAAAUACGAAUUUGGUAACCUGAGAAUUUUCAUCCGUACAUCUCAAAAGUAGCAAUAGCACGGCGGCUGAAAGUUAAGCCUGGUUUCCAUAUGAUCAUCCUGAUCGUCGGGAAAUGCUACCCAGACGAUCGCAAACGACCCGGACGACUGAGACGACCUCGAUCGCUUGGAUAUAGUUGAGUUCUAUCCAGACGAUCCAGACGAUCAUGUAAAUUUUGAAGCGAUCAUAUGGAAACCCUCUCAGACAACUGCGAUGAUCGGGACAAUCAAAGGCUAUCCCAGAAGUCAUCACUUUUAUUCCAGUAAUCGAGAAUAAAUUCAGCUCGGAUGGCGGUGAAGCCGAAGAAAUAAUACACAAAUGUUCGCAGCGUGCAUGGGGGUUAUUUGAAAUUAGAAAGUCCAUGACAUCAAGUUUUCAAAGAGAUACUAUGUCUUUGGGGAACUCUUCUAGCUUCUCAAUGCCGCAAAAUCAAGAGAAAAAGCAGAUACCAAGGUACGAGGUUUGCUUUAUGAACAAAGAUCAUCCAAUUGGCUUGUUUGCAAAACGUGCUCAAAAAUUCUAUUGUCUGACCCAGAGACAUCGCUAACGACCCCAGGUCUCUUGCUUUUAAGGCGAUCGAGACGAUCAUAUGGAAACUACCAAUCACCCCAAUUGUCUGGAUCGUCUCGAAAUAUUUUGAAACGACUGGGGUGAUCGGGACGAUCUGGACGAUCAUAUGGAAACCAGGCUUUAGAAGCAUUUGUUUGAGAAAAACAACUUUUGCCACCCAGUUACGCUUGCAUAGUUUUCCAUACAAAUCCUUGUAAAUUCUAAAAUUUUUAAACUGUCGUUUGAUCUUUCUCUUAUGCAUUUAAGGGCUCAAAUUGUCUGUUGUGAAUUAAAAGGAGAUUUAAGCCCUGUAAUGCUUAAGGAAAUAUUUCAUGACAGUUUUGAAAAUUUCAAAAUUACAAGGAAUUGUGUGGAAAACCAUGCUAGCGUGACUGGAUGGCAGAAGUUGUUUUUCUCAUACAAAUGCUUCCAACUUUCAGCAGCCGUUGCAAUCACUACUGUUGAGAUAUACGGUUGAAAAUUCUCAGGCUACCUAUUUUUAAUAUGCUCGUUCAGCUUGUGCUAACGGAAUUUUUCAAAAGGGAACUGUUUUUGUGUUUAUCUAAAGUUGAUCAGGUGAUCAAGUCAUGCAAAGAGCCAUAUACCUUUAACAAUUAUAAGCCCAGCUUUUAAGAAACAGUUAGUAUCAAUGUUGUAAGGAUAUCCUGUGUGAAGGGGUCCUUUGAUCUCCCUGGACAUGUUGGGAAGAGAAUUUUUCUUGCUAGUAAGGUAGAGAGCCAGUGCUUGUAAGGUAUAUAAUUAUGUAGGAGAAACAUUGGAUAAGUUCCCUCUGUAAAAUAUUGUUAUAACAUUAAUUUUAUUGUCUUCAUUCCUGGUCACCUCCGAUUUUCCUGGCACAGUCUUCUCUAUUCCUUAAUUCUAUACUUUUAUAUGCUCUUAAAAAUCCAAGAAAAAGAAUAAAGUGUGUACUGCAACCUGAUCAUGUGUGGCAAAUUAAGCCUGCAAACAUUUUUCUCCAUGUCUUAUAUCUCCAUAUAUAUGGCCAGGAACAUUCGCAAAAAAAGAGGUAAUUUACGAGAAAGCUGAGUAUUAUAAUAAUUUUUUCCAAAAAACCAUCAUGGAGGCAAUUGGACAGCCUAUUUAUAACAAUCUUUAAUAAUUAUUAGUCUAUAAUUAGUAUAAAUUCAGGGAAGCAGGUGCCAAUUACCUUGGCUCCUCAUGGAAGUCUUGAUGGGACAACCUAUGGACAAUAAUUAUAACAAUAAUUAUUGAAAAAUGUUGUUUUAAUGAAGGUGGGACCCUGGACAAGUUAGAGUCCAUCCCAGGCUUCCAAGUAAACAUGGAUUCCAAGCAGAUGUGUGACAUCCUGGAGAAAGUUGGCUGUUGCAUUGUGGGACAGACAGAUUCACUUGUCCCUGCUGAUAAGGUGUUGUAUGGUAUAAGGGACAUCACUGGAACAGUAGGAUCCAUGCCUCUUAUAUCCAGCUCCAUUAUUUCCAAGAAAGCUUCUGGUAUGUCUAGUAAUUGCCUGUAGUGUUUGGUAAUGUCAUUCACAAAAUAUCCACACAUCUUCCUUGAAAGGUACAUGUACUGUGCUAAAUGCUAUGAUUAGUGCCCUCUAAACUAAUACAUUAUAUAUGGUCCCAUCUUCAAAUAAGCACCCUAAACUUGUAUACCUGAAAACUCAAAAAUUAAUUAGCGCUGCUGCCUGUUUUCCAUUCCAGAAAGCAUUUCAGCCCUGGUACUUGAUGUGAAGUCCGGCAAAGCAGCAUUCUCUACCACAGAAGAAAAGGCUCGAGCCCUCGCACAUAGUCUGGUAGGAACCUGCAAAGGACUUGGGAUCAAGGCAGUGGCCCUUAUCACCAGCAUGGAUGCACCCCUUGGAAGAUUAGUUGGUAACUCUGUAGAAGUUGCUGAAGCCAUCAGCUGCCUGAAUGGAAAGGGCCCUGAGGACUUGACGGAGUUGGUGUGUGAAGAAGGUAAGAAGGCCCAUUUCUAGAAUAUCAUGACUGUUUCCAGCAAUUUGGACUUGUUGCUAAAAAUAUCCCAGACUUGCUAAAAUGAGACCCUUAUUAUAAGUUGUCAGAAGUUUAUAUAAAAUUACGCACUUAGCAUUAUAACAUAACAAAAGUAAAUCGCGCUCUGAUUGGUCAGUUAGCCACCACCAUUUGAUUGUGGGUGCACGCCAUGAGUUAGCGCGGUAUAAUUUAGGCAAAUUCAGCAAAUCUCCUCUCCCGACAGUAAAAUGCACCAAUGAAAUGCACAAAUGAAAAGUGGAAGUCAAAGAAAAUAUUUACUCAGUUGUCAUUUUGAAGAAAAAAGGUCAAAAGAUCGACCGACAAAUUUGCCUUGGAGGAAUUUAAUCACUGUUUUCCUUGCUGCUAGAAUCGGCAGAAGAAAAACCGAGUGAGCAAAGAUUUAAGGUACAUCUUGUGUGUACAUCUGUUUGAAAUGGAAAUUUAUCAGUUAGCAUUGUGUUAUUGACUUUUUGGUCGCUGAGGGUAAAAGGCGGAAUGAGUUUGCGGAGUGGUAUGUGGCAUGGCUUGCGGAAUGACAUAAUUAUGCAGAAUGUCAUAUGCAGAGAAUAACCCAAAGAAAUAAAUUAACUGAAAAUUUCCCCCUUUUUUGGCGCCAAUCAAUUUGCAAACAGAGCUGUUGUUUUAAUGUUAGGAGCUCGACAUAGGAUGACACCGAUAAAAAAGUCACAAAGGCUCAUUGCCAAUUAGCCUUCCGCAUAGCCACAAAGAUUCUUCUUGCCUUUAUUAGUCGGGCUACAUGGCACCAGUGACAAGUACUACAUGACAAAAGUCGGCCAUUUAACAAAAGAUGUUUUGGACGGUCAUGCUCCCUUCUACUUUAACUUUUCUUGCAAAACAAGAUGAUUGCACAAGUAACUUAGCAGUUUCCUUUUACCUAUAUUUGAAUUUGAAACCGCUUGAGAAGUGUUUCUUUUUCAGACGGCGGGUUACGUGAUCCUGACAUAAUGUUCAGAGAUGAAACAGAUCUUGUUUUUUGUUUCCUUGGCUGGGUGGUUAAGUUUCUGGCACGUGAUGCUAACAGCUGGCGGAGAAAGGCGAGUUUGAAUCCUGGCAAUGGAGUCUGUGUGACCUUUUUUUCUUUCUUUUUUCCCUUCCUACUGUUUUAGUAUUUUUCAUAAUCAAAUGCACACUCAUUCAAACAAGGAUAGUGCAAAGACCACCAUGCGGAAAAGCCAAAGGAGACAGAGAACGCAGUUCGCUUCACUAGAUUUCUGGAUUUCAGAUUUGAAAUGUUUGACUUGGGGCGUUCAUUUAGUCAAGCUCAAAUUAUGAUCUGAUCCUUGGAAUAGUAGCUAGCCUGAAUUCACAUUCAAAAAGCGUUCUUUUCCCUCUAGCGUUUUGACAUUUGACUAUAUUAUAAUGGUAGGCAGAAAGAAAGAAAGUAUUGUCGAAAACACCAAAAAUAAAUAAUUUUUUAAGUAUUAAAUAAGUACUACAUAGACACGAAUCCAGUAAAGCUUAUGACUACUCUCUGUUCUGCCUUGUUGGUUUGAGCCAGCAGUAAUAAGUGGACCAGCAAAGCAGUUGCUCGCUCAAGUUGGCACCAAAACAAGGCACAGCAAAGACGCGCGCAUGCUUUUCAGUUUAAUAAUUAUUUAUUUCUUUGUGCCAUUUUCCAUAUUUUACAUUCAGCAUAAUUAUGCCAUUCCGCAAGCAUGCCAUUCUGCAAACUCAUUCCAUCUUUUACCCUCACCUCUUUUUGGUCGAGCUGAUGUUAAAUUCAAGCAAAUUUUUUAAGGAAACAUGCUCAAAUUCGAGACAGCUUUGUUGUGUAGAUUUCAUCCCAUCGAUUAAAAUUUUAGUUGAGUUUAUAAGGGCACAUUACACUUAAAGUGAAUUUCAUUUGAGUACAGAACCAUUUAAAUUUUCAAAUAAAUUUUCAAAAAAUGACUUCUGUGUAUAUUACUUUGUUCAUGUUCAUUCAUAACAGCAGUUCAGAGAACGGUCAAAAACCAACAGCUUCAGCGCCGACUGUGUCGGAAAAUUUCAGUUGUAAUUUUGACUUUCGUAGCUGGAUUUCUUCAGACAGAUUUUGAUACAAAUCCAGUUUAUUCCUUUUUAACAUCAGUGUUACCUGUUAUUCUAAAGGAAAUAAAGUCAAAUUUUCUCGUUUCUACGUUACGUUUAUUUAAAAAAUUAUCACACAAAAAACCUUCAAGUUGAUAAUUGUUAAAGUUUUAGCUUAUUACGUUGAGCUUGUUUUUUAGAGUCUUUUUAGGUAGUGUUUAAACUUAUAUAGUUGCAGCUGUAGUUUUCCCUCAAAGUAUUUACCCUAAUAUUAAGAGCAAGUAGAGAGAUGCCAUUCAGAAUCAGGUUGUAAGAGUCCUGGUUGUAACACCCCUGGUUGUAAGAGUCCUGGUUGUAACACCCCUGGUUGUAAGAGUCUUGGUUGUAAGACCCCUGGUGGUAAGAGUCGUGGUUAUGAUUAAGACCGCUCGUUGUAAGACUCCUGGUUGUAAGACCCCUGCUUAUAAGAGUUCUGGUUGUACGAGUCCUGGUUUUAAGAGUCCUGGUUGUAACACCCCUGGUUGUAAGAGUCCUGGUUGUAACACCCCUGGUUGUAAGAGUCCUGGUUGUAAGACCCCUGGUAGUAAGAGUCCUGCUUCUAAGACCCCUGGUUUUAAGAGUCCUGGUUGUAAGAGUCCUGGUUGUAACACCCCUGGUUGUAAGAGUCCUGGUUGUAAGACCCCUGGUAGUAAGAGUCCUGCUUCUAAGACCCCUGGUUGUAAGAGUCCUGCUUCUAAGACCCCUGGUUGUAAGAGUUCUGGUUGUAAGACCUCUGGUUGUAAGAGUCCUGGUUGUAAGACCCCUGGUUGUAAGAGUCCUGGUUGUAAGACCUCUGGUUGUAAGAGUCCUGGUUGUAAGAGUCCUGGUUGUAAGACCUCUGGUUGUAAGAGUCCUGGUUGUAAGAGUCCUUGUUGUAAGAGUCCUGGUUGUAAGACCCCUCGUUGUAAGAGUCCUGGUUGUAAGAGUCCUGGUUUUAAGACCCCUGGUUGUAAGAGUCCUGGUUUUAAGAGUCCUUGUUGUAAGACCUCUGGUUGUAAGAGUCCUGGUUGUAACACCCCUGGUUGUAAGAGUCCUGGUUCUAAGACCCCUGGUUGUAAGAGUCCUGGUUCUAAGACCCCUCGUUGUAAGAGUCCUGGUUGUAAGACCUCUGGUUGUAAGAGUCCUGGUUGUAAGACCCCUGGUUGUAAGAGUCCUGGUUGUAAGACCCCUCGUUGUAGGAGUCCUGGUUGUAAGACCCCUGGUUGUAAGAGUCCUGGUUGUAAGACCCCUGGUUGUAAGAGUCCUGGUUGUAAGAGUCCUGGUUGUAAGAGUCCUGGUUUUAAGACCCCUGGUUGUAAGAGUCCUGGUUUUAAGAGUCCUGGUUGUAAGACCUCUGGUUGUAAGAGUCCUGGUUGUAAGACCCCUGGUUGUAAGAGUCCUGGUUCUAAGACCCCUGGUUGUAAGAGUCCUGGUUCUAAGACCCCUGGUUGUAAGAGUCCUGGUUGUAAGAGUUCUGGUUGUAAGAGUCCUGGUUGUAAGACCCCUGGUUGUAAGAGUCCUGGUUGUAAGACCCCUCGUUGUAGGAGUCCUGGUUGUAAGACCCCUGGUUGUAAGAGUCCUGGUUGUAAGACCCCUCGUUGUAAGAGUCCUGGUUGUAAGAGUCCUGGUUGUAAGAGUCCUGGUUUUAAGACCCCUGGUUGUAAGAGUCCUGGUUUUAAGAGUCCUUGUUGUAAGACCUCUGGUUGUAAGAGUCCUGGUUGUAAGAGUUUCUUUUCUGAGAGUCCUGGUUGUAAGACCCCUGGUUGUAAGAGUCCCUUUUGUAAGAGUCCUGGUUGUAAGAGAGUCGUGGUUGUAAGAGUCCUGGUUUUAAGACCCCUGGUUGUAAGAGUCCUGGUUUUAAGAGUCCUUGUUGUAAGACCUCUGAUUGUAAGAGUCCUGGUUGUAACACCCCUGGUUGUAAGAGUCCUGGUUGUAAGACCCCUUGUAGUAAGAGUCCUGGUUCUAAGACCCCUGGUUGUAAGAGUUCUGGUUCUAAGACCCCUCGUUGUAAGAGUCCUGGUUGUAAGACCUCUGGUUGUAAGAGUCCUGGUUGUAAGACCCCUGGUUGUAAGAGUCCUGGUUGUAAGACCCCUGGUUGUAAGAGUCCUGGUUGUAAGACCCCUGGUUGUAAGAGUCCUGGUUGUAAGACCCCUCGUUGUAAGAGUCCUGGUUGUAAGAGUCCUGGUUUUAAGACCCCUGGUUGUAAGAGUCCUGGUUUUAAGAGUCCUUGUUGUAAGACCUGAUCUGGUUGUAAGAGUCCUGGUUGUAAGAGUUUCUUUUCUGAGAGUCCUGGUUGUAAGACCCCUGGUUGUAAGAGUCCUGGUUGUAAGAGUCCCUUUUGUAAGAGUCCUGGUUGUAAGAGAGUCGUGGUUGUAAGAGUCCUGGUUGUAAGAGUCCUGGAUGUAAGAGUCCUGGUUGUAAGAGUCCUGGUUCUAAGAUCCCUGGUUGUAAGAGUCCUGGUUGUAAGAGUCCUUGCUGUAAGACCCCUGGUUGUAAGAGUCCUGGUUGUAAGACCCCUGGUUGUAAGAGUCCUUUGUUGUAAGACCCCUGGUUGUAAGAGUCCUGGUUGUAAGAGUCCUGGUUGUAAGAGUCCUGGUUGUAAGAUCCCUGGUUGUAAGAGUGCUGGUUGUGAGACCCCUGGUUGUAAGACCCUUGGUUGUAAGACCCCUGGUUGUAAGAGUCCUGGUUUUAAGACCCCUGGUUGUAAGACCCUUGGUUGUAAGACCCCUCGUUUAAGAGUCCUGGUUGUAAGACCAAAUUAUUUGCCUGUAGACGGAAAACAGUUGAUUUAGCGAUAGAGAAAAUCAAAGGCAAGUUUUUUAAAAACACAAUUUACUCAAGAGCGGGCAGAUGGUAAUAUACAUGAACACAUACUGAUGACUCAACCGAAGGCAACUGAAAAUGUUUUCUCUUUUGAUUAUGUUAUGCAAGAAACAGUAAACGUUGCAGCUGUGCAACCAUGGAGUUAUGGAUGCACUUGGGAGGUUUGCUUAGGACUCAAGAAGCUAGAAUUCCACUCGGCUAUCGCCUCGUGCAACUCUUACGCUUCUUUCAUGCUUAGCAACCUGCCCCGUGCAUCCAUAACUCCAUGGUUGCACGCUGCACGUUUACCAUUUCUCAAAUAUACAACAAGUAUCUUGCAACUGCUAUCAGCAUGCAAAGAAAGGUGUGUCCCAAAGCCCAGAGUUAGUAGAUUUUACUAUCGGGCUAGUGAAUUCUGUUCUUAACAAGUGAAGUUUUGGGGGGAAUUCAAACUACAGAAGAACUGUAAUUAAUCCUUCUAGUGUAUGCUAGCUACAGCUUGCCUUUACAACUUACUUUCUUUGCACCCUGGCUGUGAUAUUUCCUGACUCCCAAACUUCCAGCAACUGUUAGUGGGGAUCUAGCAUUCAUUUUAUUUCUUGGAACCUUAGAACGGAGGCAUAUUACUCUGUGAUGUGCAUAAUUGGUUCAGAGGAGAAUUAACAGGUACAAUACCCCUCCCAGUAACUUUGCAACCUUAAAAUUGAAUAUGUUGCUUUUUCUUUCAAGGUGGUUAUCUACUUCAUACUUUAAAGAAAGUGGAUUCAGCGGAAGAUGGCAAAAAACUCAUUGCUGACAGCUUGGAUAAUGGUAAAGCUCUUCACAAAUUCUGUGAGAUGCUGACAGCACAGGGUGUCAAGCCAGAUCUGGCACAAGAGCUUUGUACCCCUGGCUCAGACCCAUUCAGCAUUCUACCCCUUGCUUCCCAAAAAAUGGAGCUUGUGAGUGAUAAAAGUGGAAUAGUGUCUGAAAUACAUGCCUUGGCAAUAGCAAAAGUGCUUCAUGAGCUGGGAGCAGGACGACAUCAUGCCGGUAGCAAGGUUGAUCAUGGCAUUGGUGCUACACUUAGUGUGCGAGUUGGUCAGUUUGUGAAUGUGGGUGACAAAUGGGUCACUAUUCAUCACAAUGGUAACCUAGUUGAUUCCCAGGUGGCCUCUUUGAAAGAGGCCUUCAAGAUUGAUGAAAAUGGCGGUACUGUGGACUUGCCUGUUAGGUCAAGAAUUAUAGAUGUUAUUGAUGGUCAAAGAAGACCCUCCGUUUUUGUUUGCCAGUGA